AUGUCCAAUGAAUCUGCGUCCAACACCAACGGCCCAGCCGAAACAAAUGAGGCCGGCAACACCACCAACACCAACGAUGCGGUGGCCGAGACGACUGCCGCUGAGCCGCGGCCUUUCACCUGGCUCGAACCCCACCCCAUCUUUGUUAUAGCCCUCGUUGGCCCAGAAGAAACCCCGUUCGGCAUCCAGAAGGACUUCCUCUGCUCCAAGUCCUCCUUCUACCGCAAGUACUUCGCCGAGAACCCAAACGAAGGCCUGGAAAACCUCGUCCGCCUGCCCGAUACCCCUGUCGAGGUCUUCGCCUACGCCCAAAACUACAUGUACACCGGUCAGGUCUUUCCUUCACUCGAAAACCUCCCCAGCUACGAGGUCCUCAUCGGCGUGUGGAAGCUAGGACAUGACCUGGGGAUUGAGGGGCUGUGUGAUGCGACGCUGGAGGCCAUGGCUGAGUGUAGACGGGUUACCCAGCAUAUUCCGGCUACGCCGUUGUUGGUGCAGGUGUGGAAGGAUACGCCGGAGGGGUCGUCGAUCAGGCGGUUGUUGUUGAGUUGGGCUGCGGAGUAUAUGCGGUCGAGUGAGUCGCGGGCGGAGUUUGCGAGGUCGCUGCCGCAGGAGGUGUUGAGUGAGCUGGUGGUGGCGAUGAGCUCGUUGGAUAAUACGCCACCGGCGGCUGCUGAAGGUUGUGCUGCUGGGUCAUCGGCCAGUGCGUCGACUGGAGCAUCAACCUCGCAGUGGCGGACGACUGAUGCGGAUGAGGGAGAGGGUAGGCCGGCAAAGAAGAUGCGUGCGUCGUCGGACGGUGGGGGCGUUAAUGGCUCCUCGUCGGCAAACGCUGCGGCGGCGGGUCGUGGCAAGGGCGGGCGGGCGUCACUGCCGGCUGGCAAGGCGUCGGCCAGCAAGCCGGGUCCCAAGCGCCGGGCUAGCGGGGCGGCUGUGCCCGCGACGCAGUACUCGUCGAACCAGAGGCUGAAUUUCUGUGCGGAUCUGCUGUCGAGGAUGCUCUCUGGCCCAGGCUUCUGGACCCGCGUUGUCGGCCCCUUCAAAGAACCCGUCGACCCCGAGCGCGACGGGGUGCCUGACUACUUCGACGUGAUCAAAAAGCCGAUGGACCUGUCGACGAUGAAGGCCAAGAUGGACAGACACGAGUACGCGGACGAGAACGAGUUCCUGGCGGACAUGAACCAGAUCUUCACCAACUGCUACACGUACUGGAAGGAGGGCGACCCGAUGUGGAUUGCGUGUGAGAAGCUGCAAAAGAGCUUCGAGGACAAGUUCAGCCAGAUGAACAAGUGGAUUGCCAAGAUGGAAGGCGAUGAGGGGAAUUAA